GUCGGCGCAGAGCCUUGACGACAGUUUCUACUGUCAGACCUUCGUUACCACUCUCCCCAUUUCUGGUCGGUUUACCACCACGGUUGAAGCUAUGUUAUCGCAUUCCCGAUGUCUUUCCCGGACACUCGGGCGGUCUCUGUCCGCUUUAAGUCAGGGGAAUAAUGUGCUGGCUGGAAGGACUGCUUCAGGCCUAUCCGUUGGCAACAGGGUUGUCUACAGGAACAGUCAGUCAUUUGAGUCUCCGUCAUCAGUUGGUGUCUUCCACAUCAGAUACUUCAAGACGUCUGCAGCACACAGGGAUGAGGUUGUCACCGUCAACACCCCUCCGUUCUCUGAGUCGAUCACAGAAGGGGACGUCAGGUGGGAGAAAGCUGUUGGAGAUUCAGUGAAAGAGGAUGAGGUGGUGUGUGAGAUCGAGACCGACAAGACCUCGUUGCAGGUGCCGUCUCCAGCGUCCGGUGUGAUCACGGAGCUGCUCGUGCCAGAUGGAGGGAGAGUGGAGGCCGGGAAUCCCCUCUUCAAACUCAAAAAAGGAGCUGCAGCAGCCGCUUCUGUCCCGGCAGCAGAGGCCCCUGCAGCAGCCACUGCUCCAACCCCGGCUGCCAUCCCCGUCGCCAUGCCCGCGGUGCCUCCCGUGCCAACACAAGCAGCCCAAGCCAAACCUGUUUCUGCAGUCAAGCCCAGCGCACCAGCAGCACCAGCAGAACCAGCAGCCCAUGGGGCCAGGACAGAGAGCAGGGUCAAGAUGAAUCGUAUGAGGCUGAGGAUCGCUCAGAGGCUAAAAGAGGCUCAGCAGACUUGUGCCAUGCUCACCACCUUCAACGAGAUAGACAUGAGUCUAACCGUCUACCCCCGCAGUCUAACCGUCUACCCCCGCAGUCUAACCGUCUACCCCCGCAGUCUAACCGUCUACCCCCGCAGUCUAACCGUCUACCCCCGCAGUCUAACCGUCUACCCCCGCAGUCUAACCGUCUACCCCCGCAGUCUAACCGUCUACCCCCGCAGUCUAACCUCUAACCGUCUACCCCCGCAGUCUAACCGUCUACCCCCGCAGUCUAACCGUCUACCCCGCAGUCUAACCGUCUACCCCCGCAGUCUAACCGUCUACCCCCGCAGUCUAACCGUCUACCCCCGCAGUCUAACCGUCUACCCCCGCAGUCUAACCGUCUACCCCGCACCCCACCCCCGCAGUCUAACCGUCUACCCCCGCAGUCUAACCGUCUACCCCGCAUCUAACCGUCUACCCCCGCAGUCUAACCGUCUACCCCCGCAGCAGUCUAACCGUCUACCCCCGCAGUCUAACCGUCUACCCCCGCAGUCUAACCGUCUACCCCGCAGUCUAACCCCCCGCAGUCUAACCGUCUACCCCCGCAGUCUAACCGUCUACCCCCGCAGUCUAACCGUCUACCCCCGCAGUCUAACCGUCUACCCCCGCAGUCUAACCGUCUACCCCCGCAGUCUAACCGUCUACCCCCGCAGUCUAACCGUCUACCCCCGCAGUCUAACCGUCUACCCCGCAUCUAACCGUCUACCCCCGCAGUCUAACCGUCUACCCCAGUCCGCAGCCUACCGUCUACCCCGCAGUCUAACCGUCUACCCCCGCAGUCUAACCGUCUACCCCCGCAGUCUAACCGUCUACCCCCGCAGUCUAACCGUCUACCCCCGCAGUCUAACCGUCUACCCCGCAUAUUUAAAAAAUCUGAGGAUGAUUUUAGUCUCUUCCUGUUUCCUGUCCCCAGUGAUUGACGAUACAACCAAAGAGAUUGUGUACAGGGAUUAUGUUGACAUCAGUGUGGCUGUGGCCACUCCCAAGGGACUGGUUGUACCGGUUAUUCGCAACGUAGAGACCAUGAAUUUUGCUGACAUUGAGAAAACCAUCAACGGUCUGGGAGAGAAGGCUCGUAAUAAUCUGCUGGCUGUGGAGGACAUGGACGGAGGAACCUUCACCAUCAGUAACGGAGGAGUGUUCGGUUCCAUGUUCGGCACGCCCAUCAUCAACCCGCCCCAGUCAGCCAUCUUGGGCAUGCACGGUAUCUUCGACAGGCCCGUGGCCAUCGGCGGCAAGGUGGAGAUCCGGCCCAUGAUGUACGUGGCUCUGACCUACGACCAUCGGCUGGUCGAUGGCAGGGAAGCCGUCACCUUCCUGCGUAAGAUCAAGUCCGUGGUUGAAGACCCCCGUGUUCUACUGCUCGACAUGUGAUCCCAACCUCCCAUCACUACUGCAGGGCCACGUUCAGUACACAGGACUGUUGCCUGACAUUAUAGAGGGUUAUGCUAUAAACGCAGAAUCAGAGUCAGCCAGCUAACUUUGAUCGGCAACCAGAAAUAACUAGUUAUUGAUCUGGUUCAUUAAGAAAGCUCAACUUAGAUUUGCAUUUAUUUUUUGGGUUGUUCGGUCAAUUUUGACCAUGCUCAUUUCAAGGUUAUCCCCCCCCACCAAAAAAAAUGUAAAAAGUUAUUUCAGAAUAUUUAGGUAAGUUAGCUGGCUCUCGUUGACCCUGCUUUGUAGUAUAACCCUCAGAUAGAAGUGUUGUGAAUAGAGCAGACUUGAUUCCUUCUUAUACCCUCGAAAGGGAUGUUGUUUCAACAUAAUGCUCCAAAACGUUGUGCCCUGCUGAACGCACCCCAAAGCUAUUUAAACAUCACUCAGCCUCUGUAUAAAACCAACCCCCCCCCUAAAAAAAAAAACACAAGCGACAGCCAAAUCUUGUCAUGUACUGCUUUUGGUUAAAGAGAGAGAACCUGAGUCCCUGAUCUGGUUGUGGUGUUUUGUCAAGAAAGGACAUAACAGAUAUAUGGGAAUCACGCAAACUGAGAAUUUAAUGUUGAGAUUAUUCACUUUAAUUAUUGGGUGGUGUCAAUCUGCAGCUUUUGUUCAGAUUGACAUGUCAGAUUGAUUCAAUGGUUGGUCAACAUCAUACAGUGUUACCACUGACUGACUGAACCUACCAGGUCUGAUCUGUCUCAAUGUUAGACUGACUGAACCUACCAGGUCUGAUCUGUCUCAACGUUAGACUGACUGAACCUACCAGGUCUGAUCUGUCUCAAUGUUAGACUGACUGAACCUACCAGGUCUGAUCUGUCUCAACGUUAGACUGACUGAACCUACCAGGUCUGAUCUGUCUCAAUAUCUGACUGACUGAACCUACCAGGUCUGAUCUGUCUCAAUAUCUGACUGACUGAACCUACCAGGUCUGAUCUGUCUCAACCUACCAGGUCUGAUCUGUCUCAAUGUUAGACUGACUGAACCUACCAGGUCUGAUCUGUCUCAACGUUAGACUGACUGAACCUACCAGGUCUGAUCUGUCUCAAUAUCUGACUGACUGAACCUACCAGGUCUGAUCUGUCUCAAUGUUAGACUGACUGAACCUACCAGGUCUGAUCUGUCUCAAUAUCUGACUGACUGAACCUACCAGGUCUGAUCCAGUAUAUCCGACUAUUAGACAGUGUACUGUACCAUGUGUAUCCAGUAUAUACGACUAUUAGACAGUACUGUACCAUGUGUAUCCAGUAUAUACGACUAUUAGACAGUGUACUGUACCAUGUGUAUCCAGUAUAUACGACUAAUAGACAGUGUACUGUACCAUGUGUAUCCAGUAUAUACGACUAGUAGACAGUGUACUGUACCAUGUGUAUCCAGUAUAUACGACUAGUAGACAGUGUACUGUACCAUGUGUAUCCAGUAUAUACGACUAGUAGACAGUGUACUGUACCAUGUGUAUCCAGUAUAUACGACUAAUAGACAGUGUACUUGAGAUAGAAACGGACACUUUAUUUUUCUUCAAAGCAUCAUGAAUUUUGUGUAAUUUUUAUUUUUAUUUUUUUUAAACACCGUGAUUUUCAUUGAGCUGUACAUGUAAUCUAUCCGUGCUCGUGAUUUAAAGCCAAUACAUGUUUUUAUAACGCUGCCCUAAAGAAGUGCUCGGUCGGACAAGAUGAAGUCCAUUCUGGAGCUCCUGUGCUGUUUGACUAUCCCGGGUCCGUGUUUUUGACAGAGCUGUUCAUGGGGGAUGCAGACGCCUGUCUCCCCUGUACGUCUCUUGGCUUCCUACUGUUGCAGUAACUUCUGCUUAUUUUGGGAUGACUGUCCCACUGAGCAGCAUUGGGAAGUGAUUGGAAUCUCAUGGAAACUACCACACGCAUUGGAGUGCGUCCAUAAUGGCAUCCUAUUUCGUUUAUAUAGUGCACUACAAAAGUAGGGCACUAUAUACGGAUUAGGGUGCCAUUUCAGAUACAGAUAUUGUCUUUGAGCUUUUGGUAGAGAAGGGAAUAACCACUUUCUGUCGUGUCUCUCUCCAGAUGGACUUCUGUCUGUCCGCGAGAAGGUACCAUGCUGUAGAACACCCGGACGCUAGUUUGGUUCAGGACUUACACAACACCGUUUUGGGAGUAGUUUUCAAAGGAGCACAAUUUAGCAGCAUGCACAAUGUAUUUCUCAUGAUAACCUCUUCUUUGUGGAACCCACCCAGGUAAAGAUUCUGUCUGUGCUGUAUACGAUGCUAUGUAACUAUUUAAAAACAGCUAUUGUAGGUAGCAACGCCUAAUGACAUGGCGUUAUAUAGCAUUUAUGAUGGGUUUAUUAAAUAGUAAAUCGUUUAUUUAAUUAUUACUCCAUUCAUAAGAUGUUUUAAUAUAGGUCAUUUAUAAACCAUUUAGUUAAGUCGUUUAGUUUAAAAUAUUAUUUUGCUUGAACCUCAUCUAAAGUGUGGGUUAUUUAUAAAAAUAUAUUUAAAUAUGUAUUAUUUUGUGAGGGUAGAGACUUUACAAACCCGGAACUCCCAGAACUAAAUCUACUGACAAGAUGAUUGAUGCAAGGUUUCAGUUCCGGGUUAAUUGAGAUAAGACUGCUCUUAAGGCAUGACUGCAAACCACACUUUGCUUUUGGUAGAAAGGUCACUGCCAAGAAACGCUAAUGUUCAAAACAUCGUCGGUGUUGUGGGCUUAUUGUUUUAACCGUUGAUAAAGUUCGAGGGAACGUUUAGAGACCUUAGGGAGCAUCAGAUGCUCCUGGAAUGUCUACCAUUGACCAUGUCCAUCUUCUGGUGAGGAAAUUACACUGGUCACUCAAAACAUUUAUAAAAUUAAUUAUAAAGUAUAAAUAGACAACUUUUGAUUAAAUCAUGCAAAAAUACUUUACUAAUGAUUAGUAGAUGGUUUAGAAGGACUUAUAUUAAACAUCUUAGGAAACGUUAUUAAAUACUUUAAAAGUUGUUUUAUAAAUGUGUGAAUAACUAGGUUACUAACUUUUUUUUUUUUUACAAAUGUGAGUAAUGAUGAAUAAAGGAUUUACUAAUCCAUUAUAAAGUGCUUUAAUGUGGAGUUAUUAUAGUGUGCUACCCAACAUUAAAACAUCUUUGUUUAAAUUGA